AUGGCUAAGAAGGUAUCCAGACACUCCAGGGCCGCUAGACGUGCUGUUGACGAAGAGCCGGAGCCGAAAGCGUUAUCGCAACUGCCCAGAGCAGAGAAGACAGAUCUGACGAACAUACUUACCAGAACGGCAGCAAAGAAUGAAGCACUUUUGGAAGCCAAGUUGCGGAAUAAGAAUAAGAACAAGGUUAGCAAAAAGCAUAUAAAGGAGAAAUUGAGUGCAAGCGUGGUAGGUGCUGACAAGGAAAGGUUUGAACGUGCUCUUAACGUUGCAAACAGGCUGGAUGGCAAGAUAGCGAGGUCGGUAUCCCGUGCCAAAUAUGUACAGAACGCUAGGAAAGCUGGUUGGGACAGUACAAACGAGCAAAUUAGAAGAGAAAGAACUACAACGACUAAUCAAGCAGGAAUAGCGGACAAAGAGCAUGAAGCAGCGUCCGAAGACGCCACGGAAAAUGACGACCCCAAUGAAGUUACGGAGGGCGAUUCUGACAAGAUUUCUGACACCAACAGCUCGCCCAAGAAUCUGUUUAGCGUUUUGACUGACGACGUCGAAGUGUAG